GAGGAUGACAGUGAACAAGUCUGCCAAGACAUCCCUAGAACCUGUUCAUCUUUGUCCACUUCUUUAAAUGGUCGUAGUUCCUUGUCCAGCUCUUCAAAGAGUCCUAGGUCAGAGUGUGAGUUAGAGAUCAACCUCCCUGGCACUCCCAUCCCUGACGAAGUGCCUUUUGAUCUGACCUGCCCCAUCGUCAGGAGCUCCUGCAUCGACACCAGGGUCUCUAAAAUGCCAGAGAUUUCUUCAAGUGACCUAAAGACAAAGAUGAUGGCACACACAGAUGAACCCCUGCAUCGUAACAGUCCAAUGACUGACCGCAGUCGACCGCCGAGUGCUAAAGCCUCUUUCGAUCCUCCACUCCGUCUUUCACCAACAAGGGAACCUCUUUGGUACCAAAGGGAGAUGGGAUUGACAUUGAAGAGAAGGAGGUGUGCAUCCCCAGCAGCUCUGGCCAUCUGAGGGAGCUCUUAAUCACCCCGGACAUCAGCAGUGCCACUGCAUUCCCACUGCAGUACUUGAUGGACUCCAGCAAAGAUGAUGGCAUCUGUUUUGUCACCAUACUGUUGAUAAGGUUGCUAUCGGAGAUCAGACCCUCAGCCCUAGAUGGACCCUCCCAACAGGCAGCAGAUCUGACAGAAACAUGUCAGCAACUCAUCAGACAAGUCCUGUCUGAGUUCUGUGCUGCAUCCAGAUUCUCCAGGACAAAGGCAUAUUCCCAGAACCUGAACAUCCAAAGGGUGUUCAGAGGUGUACAUAAAAACCUCAUGGAGGAGUUUGGCUCUUAUAACAUCCUGCAAGCAGCUCUUUCCUCCCAGGACCCUGCAUUUGACAGAGUCCUGGUAAAGUCCUUGACCCAGCAGCUGGUACAGGGAUGCAAGGAGGCGUCAAGACCAGCUUCUGCUGCAACAAACCCAUCAGACCAGGCUGAGACAGAGAGGGGGGCUGAGCAGAAAGCAAGAAGGAGCUUCCUUUGCUUUUCAAUGACCAAACUCAGGAUCAACUUCAAGCGUUCCAAGAGAGGAAACAAAAAGGACUGCCAUUCAGUCCAGGAACAGACUGAGAUUCCCUCUACUGAUGGACAUUGCAUAGCUCCCGUUGGAGAGGUUUCUCCCUCCAUAUCUCAGCCUGUCAAAAAACGAUCCUUGAUUGUCAGGGUCUUUUCAGCAAUGAUGAAGCCAUUCAGGUCCAGAUGAUUCCAGCAGGCACAGCCACAGCCCAGGUGGUUCCGCAGAAGUUCCUCCAGCAGCAGGUGGUGACUGCAGCUGCCUCGCCUCAGAUACAGACCCCCAGUUUCCGCUGCAGCAAAGUCCCCAGUACAGCAGCAGCCAGCCAAGGGCCAGGCUCACAGAGGGGCCAUGAGGGGUAAGACCCAGGCGAAGCCCAGCGGGGGCAGCAGCUUGGUGCCCACAGGACUAGUUAGAGCUCCCAGACUACAUCUCAGUAGUACAGAUGCAAUGCAUUGCCUACCAGAACGAUAAAGGUGGGGCGACUUCCGUCCUCAUGUUAAUUGUCAUUGUGAAAGUUAUUCACAGACAUCAAAGCCCUGAGUCAUUAGUGAAUGCAUUUUUACCUGUGGAAACACAUUCACAUAACUCUUUUCAAUGUAUCAAUUUAACAUUGACAGAAGUGUCCCUAAAAGUUAUCUCCUUAAUUGUUUGCAUAAGAGGGAGCUUGACUCUUAAAUGUAACAUUUAGUUUUUUUUUGUAACCUUCAGAUAUUUAAUGGAUAAUAAUGCAUUUUCCUUUCAGUCUAUUAUGUUUAUGUAACAAAUACACUGUAAACAUGUACUUUAGUAUAUUGUGUUUUCUCAUAAAUAUGAUGUUGCAGAAAAAAAACUGUAAAUAACAAUGAAUAAGGAAAACAUUUGUACUUGUAAAGUAGUUGUGUUAUCAAUGGAUUUUUUCAGUCUAUUUGUAAUAAAGUGUUUUGUUUUUAUACACAA